AUGGAGCCCGAAAACGACGGAGACACGGCGCCUCCGGACGCAAAACGUGGCCCAGUACCUGAAAACAGCCAUGCUGACACUGCAGACGACCUCGACUCAAUGUCGCGCGAAGUCGCUGAUAGUCUCCAACAUACUCGUGCCCUCUUCCUCCAGGACCUGGUAACGAUACUCGUCAUUUAUACAGCAUCGCUGUUUACAGGCCACCACUUCCUUGUUUCACUCUUCUUCAUGCUCCUUCUAGGACUUGCUGCCGAGAUGAGACUGCAGAACAUGAAACAGAACUUCGAGAAGGCAAUCACCGCUAUACGCCUGGGCUACGACGCUACGAUCGAGAACGGCAAUGCAACCAUGAAGGUCUGUUUCGAAGGCAACGAAGCGAUCAAAGAUCUGGCCCAGAGUUCGCUCGAUACAGUAUUCGAUUCCCAGAAAGCGUUGUACAAGAGCGGAGAAGCCUUCGUCCAGUUGAAGGCAAUUCGAAAGAGAGACGUUCUCAUCUUACGCAAACAAGCGAAUGAGAUGCGCCUAGGGUGCUUCCAGGUGUACUUGAGUAUCUACGAAGGCCUCAUCGAUGUGAUCGAGCAAAUUGUCAACAAGGUCAAAACUACCACGCAACCGAAAGUCAAGGGCACGAAAAGAAACAAUAAAAACCAUAAUGAAGGCUUCCAGAACAACCUAACACACCCUCUAGAGGGCGUAGCUGCCGAGCUGAAACAACGACAGUGGACAACUAAGAAACAGAUCGUUGUGGCGGAGAAGAUCAAGGCUAUACUCGAACGCGACGGCUUACUCCCAGACGAGAUUGAUCGACUGGUCAAAGAGGCGGAGGGCAAUUUCCAGCAUUCGCAGGACGCAUCACUUGCUCAGCGACCAGCAGACUCUCAUGCACCCAACACUGGAGUUUUGCCAUCGCCGCUCAGGAUGGAUAUGGAUGGAAAGCUGGCAAGGCAUUACGAGGAUUUGGACAAGUGGUUCCAGGGCUUGCAUGACCGGCCCGUUGCCAAAGACGAGUGA